UCCGGAGCACAGGCACAGCCCACAGUUCUUGUGGGGAGGGCCCGAGAGAACGGGCCCAGGCUCCUCCCGGCGGUGGUAUGGCAGGAAGGCAGAUGAUAGCCCGAUGUUGGCACAGAAGAGACUGGGCACAAGAAAACCCCUGAGACCAGCCGGUUGUGCAGAGCUUGUCCUUGGGGCUCGGGACCCGACGGGACUCAUCCCUGGCCCCCAGGCCUGACUCUACCGCCAGCCGCGGCCAUGUCUUACAGGAACGGCUGAGGGAGCUGGGGUUCCUUGGUCUCACUGCUCUCUGCAACUGCCUGACAGGAGGUUUUGGGGGCCGGUCACUUCUGCCUUGCCUACUGUGAUAGCGGCAAUGGCCCUAAACUGAGACAGCAGACGUUCAGAUUAGACUUUAGAAAAAUAUUUUUCACAGUUAGGGUGGUCAAGGGUUGGAAGAGAUUUGCCAGGGAGGUGGUGGAGUCGCCAUGUGGUUUAGGGGUUACAGCGGCAGCGCGGGGUUGGUCUGAAGGGUAUCUUUAAGGUCUCUUCCAGUGUGUCUCUCCGGUUGCACGCAGGCGGCGCUGUGACGGGCGGGCGGCGGGUUCGCGCCUGCGCCGGCGGGUUCGGGCUGGCGGCCGCUUCCUGCGCGCCGGCAUGGCGGGAGCGUUCCUGAUGGAGAUCAGGCGGGGGACGCAGAGCGCGCUGCUGGUUAUCCGCGCGGCGGCGGAGCUCCCCAGCGCGCCGGUGGAGGUCUCGGUGUGCGCGGAUUCCCUGGAAGUGAGGAGCGGCGGGAGCUGCGAUGCGGCGGCGCUGCCGGCAGGGGUCAGGCUGGCGCCGUCCUCGUGCCGCGGGCUGCGGCGCCUGCGCGGGGACGGGCUGCACCUGCGCGUGCGCCUGCGCGGCGCGCCGCCCGCCGCCGGUGAGGGCGGGGCGGGGGAGGGCGACCUGGGACCUGGGAUCUGGGACCUGGGACCUGGGACCUGGGACCUGGGAUCGUGGGCGGUUUGUGUGGUGGGCGUGGCUGUCAAGUAUGUGGUUUUUACCUUGAGGGAAAGCCUGAAACCCAACAAGAAUUAUGUCUUUUACUGUCAGUCCUGUGGUGACAUCGCAGUGAAAGACCGGAAAUUUCUCAGAGUUCUUCCACUACCAAGUGAAAACUGGAGUGAUUUAGUUGAAGAGUGGUGUUGUCACCCUGACCCCUUUGCCAGAAGCACUUUGCACCCUCAGCAUGGUGACUGUUUUGUUGGAGACACUUUUUUCCUGUUGAAUUCAGGAAAUGAAUCACAUGUGCCUGAAUCUCCCAUGUGCUGCUCAGAAGCUGGACACCAUGUUUCACAGAGUGGCUCCAACUUGAAGUCAAAAGAAAAUACCAGAGUAAUUUGUAAGCGCUGCAAGGCAGUCCUGGGAGAAGCAGUUUCAUCAGAUACCAUUAAAUAUUAUGUCACUGAGGUGAUUAUUCAACCAACUGAGGGAAGUUUCAGUCCAACACCAAGGUCUCAGUUUGUACAGAGCAUAGUUGCUCAGUGUCUUUUGGAAUUAUCCUCUGCUAAAAGCACAUUUAGAUUCACCAUAAAAGGAGAUAAUGGAAAAACCUAUAUUCUGAUAUGGCUUUUAAAUUCUGACACAUUGCUGGUAGAGUCUUUAGGAAGUUCCUCCUCCCACAGUGAUUUUACACUGUUUGGAGAUAUCCUCACAUCUAGCUCUGGACCAGUGGGAACCUGGAAUGCUGUCAAAGUCCUUUACCAGCCAUGCAUUCAAUGCAGAAAUAAGGAGCUUGCUGAUGCAUGGGAAAAUGAUAUGGGAGUUCAUCCUUUAAAGUUUCCAUCAGAAACAUGUUUGGAAUUAUUGUUGAUACUGGGUUUGAGUACCACAUCUCUGCCACCUUCACUUCGAUGCAUGAACUCUUUUCAGGUUGCCUUUUUAAAGAUGUGAAGAACGAAGAUACCUGUGUUGAAAACGAUUGUUAGAUUCAUUUUCAGCAGAAAUGUGUGCAGACAACUUCCAAUUGUGGGACUUCUAGAAGAAAAUCCCCUGUCAAUACAAAAGAAAAUAGGAUGCGGUGGGUGGGUGUAUUCUUCACAUCUGAAUGUGUUUCAAAACCAGACAGAGUUGACUUUUGUAUCCAGUGCAUUCUUAGAUGUCAUUCUAAGAGUGACUUACCUGUCACUCCUAUGGUAUCCAGCUGGGAUGACUGUUACCGUGUCUUCACUGCCAAAAGGAAAUUCCCUAUGUGUCUUGUACUACCUUUACCAGUCUUUGAUAGCAAUCCUUAGGAAAGUUCACAACUGGUAGCAAAUAUUUAAAAUGUCAUGGAUACUAAUGUGAGUUCUUUACCUUCUUUGUUCUGGUGAAGUUAAAGGUCCAACUUUAAAACAUAAAAUAUGUUUUUUUGUAAAACUUACAUGUUUAUCAUGUAUGUUGUUUCAGAAUUAAGUUUACCUCUCUGCUUGAGAGUGAA